AUGGGCCAAGCGGCCUCGGGUGCGUCUGGGCUGCGUGAAGCCCGUGCAAAAACGGUGGCUGAACAGCAUGUUCGUCUAGAUAUUGGCGAAGAGCGUGUAUCGUGCACACUCACAGCGCGUAUCUCCCUCGAGGUCUCGGCGACCGAGCCGACCGUAUGCCGGCUGUGGACGUCGGAUCCUACGGACGCUGGGUACGUCUGUGGCCACGUACAAGUGCCAGGGGCAUGGUUUGCGACGGAGCCUACACUACGACCCGACUCGUCUGGCUUGUACCUUGUCCUUCCGCGCGCUCGUGUAAAUGAUGCAGCCAGCGUGCUGGUGACUCUGUACUUGGACCGACCACGCCCUAGCUCGUCGGUGCCAGCGCCUUCCUCUGUACGAUGCCCCCUGAUACAGGGCGGCCCAGCGGAGGCUACCUGUUGCUGGUACGGCACCUCGGCCUUGCCUACGUCCACCUGGGACUUGGCUACCGAUCCGCCCGCGCCUUCGGUAGCAUGGCCUGACGCACACACUUGCACAUUCUCCCUAUCCAUCACGGACUGGUUCGGCAUCGAAUGGGCGCCCCGUAUACCUUCUCAUGCUGUACACACAUUGCAAGCGUCCGAGGCCCGUAUCAAGGCUCAUGUACGCGUUCAUCGUGUGCCUACAUGGCCUGAGCGUACGCAAGUCGACAGUACGGUCAUGACGGUAGCCUGGGACGUGACGUUAGAGCAUCCCUACAUCCAGCAUGUGGCGCAGAGUACGACUAUGACCGUGUGCGUCGAUACGCAGGACGAGGCCUAUGCAUGGGACUGGCUCGAGCUGGAAUGCGAGCCUGCGCUAGCGCGACUAGCCUACGCUGCCCGUCCCUCGUGUGACAGCGACGAGGUUGAGUGGGCGCCCGUUUCAUCGUCCUCGCUGACCAUCCCAGAGACGUGGACUGACCCUGUACCUUUAAGCUCCGAAUGCGCUCUGACAUUAUACGUGGACGUCGCCGCUGCCUGUGGGACUUUUGGGUGUGCUCCUACGCAUCCCAUGACGUUCCAGGUGCGAGGACAGUACCGCCUAUCGGAGCCCGUGGGUACGUGGCCAUUCCCUGUUUUGCAGCUGGCGGCGGUGCCUGCGGCAUCGCAGCGUACCACCUAUAUCAUCGAGCAGGAGGGCGUGGCCGACACGUCGUAUGCCUUGGACGUCCACGACAUGACCCUAUCGCCGCCUCGUGUGCUUCGUGUGGAUGCGCCGUUGGUAUGGUCGCAUACCUCCGCACGCCUCGCAUGGACGCGGACUACGAGAUCGGCUACAGCACCUACGCUAUCAGAAACGUCGCGGCCUAUCUUGUCCGUCCACCAAGAAGUGUGGCCCUUCGUGGACGAAGGGUAUGUGCAGCAUCGUAUCGACAUGAAGCUGGGGCCUGGCACCACCGGCCGUGGAGUCGUGUGCUGGUUUUCCGACAAACCGAUGGGCCUCGACGUCCUAUGGCAAGGGCAGUCCCUCCCGCAUGAAAUGGUUCCUGAUCUUCUCGCUACCACGCACAUUGCAAGCACAGCCUCCGCAGCGCCUUGUAUGCAUGCCCUUCACAUGGCAUGGCCACCUGACCCUCGUACGAUGCUUACGCUGCAGUAUACCACGCCAUGGGUCGGGUACGAGGGGCAUGUGUCCAUGCCCUGCUUUGCUAGCGCGCUUCCAAUGAUCACCUUGCGUGCACAUGGCUACGAAGACUGUCGUCCAUGUAUCGAGGCAGAUGCACACAGGACGUACCACGACGCUACGCUUGUGACGUGGUUCCAUGUUCGUCCGUACACAUCCCUUACCGUGCCUCUACGUUUGGUCAGCGAACGUACCAGCACUGCGCCGAGGGCCUGGACGAACGCGGUCUUCCUGGCCAGUCUCGCGCUUGCCUUCAUAGCCACAUGCUGGGCGUACAUGGCCCACACGACCUCGCAGCGGCUGGUCGUGCAUGUGGACGCGUUGGCCAUGGCGCUCGACAUUGACUUGUCAGAUGGCGUAUGGAUGGAUGCUCCGGAACCCGUACCACACACCUGGCCGCUCUGGACAUGGCACCUUGAACGCUGGCUCGCUCGAGGGAUGCGCCGACUGGCUAUGUAG